AAAAAAAAGAAAAACAAAAUUAAAUUAUAAAUUGGUUUGAAAGAAUAUAAUGUCAAUGUUUCCUCCACCAGUAGAAAAUUGGGAAAACGGUAACACUGGUCAUUCUGAACAAGGAUAUUUACCAGAAGUUCCAUCAUUUGCACCAAUAUGGAGUCAAGAUGCUCCACCUCCAAUUGUUCCAUAUUCAGAUUUAAUAUCUGGUUAUGGUUGCCCAGAUUUAUCUAUGUGGCCACGAGCUCCAAUGACUAAUUUAGUUAAUCAAAGAAUACAAGGUAAUGGUAAAAGUUCUUCAAAUCCCCAAAAGAAAACAAGACGUCGUGUUGCAUCAUUAGCACAAAGAAGGGCAGCUAAUAUUCGUGAACGUCGUCGUAUGUUUAAUUUAAAUGAAGCAUUUGAUAAAUUAAGAAGAAAGGUUCCAACAUUUGCAUAUGAAAAACGAUUAUCUCGUAUUGAAACAUUACGUUUGGCUAUCACUUACAUUGGUUUUAUGUCAGAACUUCUUACAGGAACACCAUUGCAAACACAUAAAACUAGAUCACCUGAUUUAUAUCCACCAAUGAUGAAUGGACAUCAUCAUCCGCCACCACCUCCACCACAUCAUUUGCAUCCAUCAUUUCAAAGAGAUUUUGUUCAACCGUACGGACCGACAAUAACCGGUUGAAAUUGUAAAAAAGUUUUUUAUUUUCUUUUGCGCGUUGAAAUUUUGUUAUCCUUUUUUUUCCUGAAUAGCUUUAUAUUUUUUUUUGUAUAAAAAAAAAAUUUGUAUAUUAUGUAAUAUGU